AGAAGCAGAAUUUAAGUAUGAUCUUUUGGAAAAAGAUCCCUACGCUCUUGAUGUUCCUGUUAGAACAUUUGGCAGAGAGCAUUCCCCAUAUGGACCCUCACCAAUGGGCAGACCUUCAUCUGAAACAAGAGCUUUUCUUUCCCCCCCAACUUUAUUGGAGGGUCCCUUAAGACUUUCACCUGUGCUUCCAGGUGGGGGAGGAAGAGGAUCCAGAGGACCAGGGAAUACCGGCACAUAUGAUGUUGGCAAUGAAAGAAGGGAGAUAAAUUCUGAUAUGUUAUCCGAUCCCCACAGACCACCUUCUGACACUGGAUCUUUGUCACCUCCAUGGGAUAGAGAUCAUAGGAUAAUUAGCUCUCAUACAGGUCAGCUGUAUAAUGAGCAGCCUCUUCCUUCUCGAAGACCAGAAAGAUUUUAUCCCAAUCACCCAAACUCCGGAAGGCUUUCAGGACCAGCAGAACUAAGGAAUUACAACAUGCAUUCAUUUGACAAAGCAGAUGGACUGGGAUCUGAGAACAGCUCCAGGAUGGACUUAAGUGGAAAUGGAAUUAAGGAUCGUCCCGAUGACACUAAUAUGGUCAAUAUGAUAGAACAGUCCCUUGCACCUGAAACAGAAUCCUUUGGGCCUGCAAUUGUGCCUCCACCGCUUCCCUUACUGAGAGCUCCUUUGAUGCCAAUGGACCCAAGAGGACCUUUCAUGAGAAGAGGUCCUCCCUUUCCACCAGUGCCUCCCUCUUCUCUAUAUGGACCUCAUGAAUAUUUUCCAAGGGAUUUUUCUGGUCCGCCACGGCCUCUAUUGCAAAUGAGAGGUCCAUUUCCUGUGAGGCCUUUUUCUCAGUAUCCUCCAAGGGCUGGAUCUUUUCCACCUCAACCCCCACCCUCUGAUAACAGAAAUGAAUUGCCUGCUGAACUAACACAUCCGUCAGCUGCAACUUCUACAGAUCAUCAAGAAUCACAAGGAACUUGAUUUUAAUUAAAGUAACUGUUUUCCUCUAAAAUCACCUUGCUGUUAAGUAACUGUUGUUACUUAAGCGACUAUAUUGUUGCUCAAAUUGAAGCUUAAUAGAGUAAUUCUCAGGAGAGUAUUCUGUAAAUAAUCAUUUAAAUGUGAAUAAACUGAUUUGACAUUGUAUAGAAGCUACUUUUAAAUUAUUUUUUAAUUGGAGUAUAUUACAAGAUGUAAAAAUUAGUCAUGUGUAAGAAAUCUCCAGUUGUUUUUGACUAUGUCUGGUCUCAUAGAAAAUAAAUGCAUGUGAAGAAAGUAAAACAGCAGAUGUGAACAAUAUUAAAAUAUUUUAAUAAUAUGUGUCAUUUUGACUAUUUAACAAAAAAAAUGUCUUGUACCUCAUCAUAACCUUCCAUGUUUUCUUUUGGUCUGUCUGUUGACUGGGUAUUUUAAACAGUGGCAGGAAUCCUUCUACAUGUUUUUGCCACAGAGCAACUCAGCUAGCAUAAAUGUCAACAGUGAAUUACCAAAGUUAAGAAACCAGCGUAGCGUUGCUUUUGUGUGAUGAAUCAGACUCAGAACCCAAAUGUCCAUGCUGACUUGAGCCAGUUCUCCAUUGAGUUUUAUGCUGAUUCAGUUAAAGUAUAAAGUAUGAAGUAUGACUAAUAGGAUUCUAGCCAAUGAAUAUUUUAAGGCAAGCAUAGUCUCACAACUUUCUUGUCAGUGUCAUUUAUUUAUGUAUUUUUAAUUAGGCAUUAGUUCUUACUGUACCAUUCCAGGAUAUGAGCCCGUAUAUAUAUCUUCCUGUCUUUUUCAAAGAUGAUUAACAGCUGCACUUUGUUUUUCACUGCCUGCACCAGUGCACUGCCGUUUGUGAGUUGGUCUCAAAUGUAUCCUUCUGUACUGUGUUGUAAAUUUUAAAGGCAUACAAUGGGAUUAUACGUCCCUGUACUGUUACAUGGCAAUAAUAUAAAAGCGGUGCUGUGCCA